GGCAGGAGUGACUCAUGACAGUUCACUGUUUACUGUACCUGGCGUACACCAAAACAUACCGGGACGGGCGGAGUUAGCAACAAAACCGACGCUUCCCGUUUUUCUGUGUUUGGCGUACAUGAAAAAAGUGUUUAGAGACAGAGUUUAUUUGGCUGUAAAGUCGUAAAGUCGUGGGUCUGUCCCAGGCAUGAAGAGGAGAGCAGCCAUGGGUGCAACUCACAGCUCUGCUUCAGCCUCAAGCUCGUCUAAAGCUGCAAAACAGGAAUCAUCGAUUUCCCAGGAAAAUUUUUUCUCUGUUCCUCUGGAGAUCUUAGAGGAGAUCUUCCUGAAUCUUCCUCCCUAUCAGGUGGUGCGCGUUUGUCGGUCAGUGUGUCAUCAGUGGAAAGAAGUGGCUGACAGCGAGUCUCUGUGGAAAGAGAGAUGUAGAAGAGAAGGAUAUCGCCUCAGCAAUGCUUCCAAAAUACCCAAAGACUGGAGAUUGUUUUACUUCUUUUGCACAAAGAGAAGAAAUCUUCUCAAGAAUCCAAGAGGAGAACAUAAAAUGAAGAACUGGCAGAUUUUGGAGAAUGGUGGUGAUAAAUGGAAAGUAGAAGACCUGAUGGAGCCACACCCAAAUGUGACAGUGCAGAAGAACUUUGUGACUUCGUACUUCUUGUGCAGGAAGUCGCAGCUGAUUAACUUGGAGGAGGAAGGUUACAACCCAUCGUUUAUGGAUGACUUCCAGCCAGACAUCAAAAUAUCCGAUUGGUUCGCACCACGAUGGGAUUGUGGCAGCGAAUAUGAGAUCUGCGUAGAGUUGCUGAAUCAAAAAAAGAUGCCCGUCCAGAAGUUUGCCCCUGAGACUAUUUACUUUGAGCAGUGGAACGAUCAGAAAUGGAAUCAGAUAACCCACGUGUUCCAGAACUACGGACCAGGAGUGAGAUACAUCCGCUUUACCCACGGAGGUAAAGACACAAAGUUCUGGGCAGGAUGGUAUGGGAUUCGUGUUACCGACAGCAGUGUCGAGAUUUGUCCAGCGAUGGUAACAUAGCUCUGAGGGAUUCAUUUAAUACCUGCUGCCUGCCUGAGAUUGCAGAAUUGCACCUUCUUUUUUAAAAAAUUGCUCCAUGUCUUAUUUUCCUCCAUAUACGCUGGUCAUUUUACUUGAUAAAAGAAAGUUUCUUAAGGUAAAAAUCUAUGAAUAGUGUAUGUUUACAUUAUGAAACGGUAUAUUCGAAAUGCUGCAAAUGAACUCCCAAAUGUUCACCGUGAGAAGACAAACUGUCCAAGGGUCACGAGAUGUAAAGCACAGCAGAACUGAAAAGUAUAAUAUUUUUCUUAACAUGAGUGAAACUGAAAUGCUAUUCUAAAUAAUGAAAGUUUAGUUUAAAUUAAAAGCACCCCGAAAGACCAUAUGAACUAAUCAACAAAAAUAUAGUGUGUGGAGGAGUUCAGGGUAUUUAUUGCCCAGAACAGACGAAUCAGUUUUUGGCUCUAGAUAAGGCCAUUUGCAUUUUUGCGUUGAUUCCGUAGUUCCCCGACACACAUGGUACAAGGGAUGAGUUUCAGUUCAGCAACACAUCAAUAGAUGCCACUUAAUCCUACACACUAAGCUUUUAAAUAUAAUUAUUAUUACAACCCAUCAUUGGAUGGGUAGAGAGUAGAGAGAGUAAAAACACUGAAGUACCCCAUUGUGCGGAUAUUUAUUCUUUGUUAUGUUUAUAUGUAGGUUAAUUCAGCAACUGGCCCCAAAACGGGUUGGAUGUACUCACAGCUACUCUGCUGGGUUAUUUAUCCACUAUUCUCACUGAGCCUCAUGUCUUUGCAGUGAGGUGAAUUGUUUUUAGUACCAAAUAGUCAAUAUGGUCAGGAACGCAGUUCAGCAUUGAGUUUUUUCCAGUGGCUACUCACAGUACUGCAGUGAAAAAUCCCCCCCCCCCAUGUCCCAAAAAGCAUCCCCCAAAUAGACCACAAAUGUAAAGGAGGGCAUCUGUAAAACUGUUAAUAGAAUACCUUGAACUGCAAAGUGAACUAUGACACUUUUUUUGAAAUUAUGAUCCAUCUAGAUAUUAUAGAUAUAUUUCCUUGAGCUGAGAAAAGCUACUUAAAAAUCUUCAUCACAAUGUGAAGUUUAUAAGCCAAGUGGGAGAAGCUAAAAUAUUUAUUAAUAUAUGUGCCCAGUGAGCAGUUCCAUUGGAUUGAAAAGGAGCCAUCUUUGGAUCUGGUGUUUUAUUAUAUAUCCAUGAGUUUGGUCCCCAAGAACACAGUACAGUUUUUCACAUUUAAAAGCUAUAUAUCACAAUCAGUUUCAGAAAACAGUAGAUUUACAACAUUCCAAAUUUUAUUGAAAAUGUGCACUAAACUGUGAUUGCAGUUGUUUUUUUGUGUGUUUUUGUAUACAAACUGCUCAUGGAUAUUUUUUGUUAGGACAAGAUGCCAUAUACAGUAUCAGGGCAACUCUGCAGAACAGAAUGAAGUAUCCAGCUCUGAUAUAAGUUUGCGUCUCAGUAGGGCCGGGUAUCUGUAGCUGAUACCUAUGCAUUGCAUUGAUUUAAUUGUGGCGACCCACCACGAUUAAAACAUCUGCCACCCCAAAUAGAUUUUCUAUUUUUGGAGCUGGAUCGUUCAUUAAGGGCGCAGGUACAAAGUAGAUUUAUUGGUCUUUUUUUUUUUAAACAGUUUAAAGAAAAUAUAAUUAAAAUUUGUCCCAACUCUGAGCACGGACGGAUCAGAACAAAAUCACGCAGUGAAAGUGACACUUUUUAUUGUGGUGGGUCUAAAAGUUUUCUCAUGGAGAGCUCUGCCUGCGCUGCAUUGACAGACCGGUAAAAAAAACUAAAUUUAGAGAGGGGACUAAAACAUUUAAAAGAAAAAAAAUGGUUUUGCUUACACUCAGUUAUGACAGGUGUUUUCAAUUUAAUGCAGCAGCUAAAAACCAUACAGUCAGCAGUUCGGUGAAGUCCAGUGCAGUGAAUUUGACGCAGUUGGCAGAUUUGUUUGCUAAGAUGCCACCAAAACAUUCAAAAGGUAUGGCUACACUGCAUCCUGUGGCAGCUGGUGGCAUUUUACACAACUGAAUGCUUUCAUUCACCUGAUAGAUGUCAAAUGGAGAAAACAAAGCUAUCAAAUGAAGUACUCAAUUGUUAUCAGUAUCACUCUAAGGGAACUGGUAUCAUAAUUCUUUCAAUGAUAUCCAGCCCUAUUUCUCAGAUUAAAUCAUUGCAAGGUGGAGUGAUAACACAAAGCUAUAUGAAGGCAUCAGUGAGUGCAGAAUGAUGGCCACAUGGCAAGAGAAGUUUUUCAAAAGUUGAUCCCUCAGAUUACAAGGGAUUGUGUUCAUAUGUGCCGUUUUCACACUGCAGCACUAUUAUCUGACAAACCAGCCUUAAUGUUAACUAUUCUUUGCACUACUCUUUUAAUGUGUACGUUGUGAUACUGACAG